AGAACAAAACCGACUGAUCCUGUUCUUCUGAGAAACUGAAAGCGUAAUUCGCAGAAAGUGGGCCUUCAGAUCUUUCAAGCAAGUUUACGAGGAACUAAAUGGCGUCGGCACAAGAAUCAGAGAGCAGCAAGGAUCUUGAAAGCUGUGAUGCUUACUUUAAGAUGGUCCAAAGCAGGAAGAAGCUAAGCCAGUCGUUGCAGGACUCUCUGACAGCUUCAUUUGCAAAAAUUCCGGUUUCAUCCUUCCCACAAGUCCCUGGAGGCAAAGUAAUUGAGAUUCAAGCAGACACAUUGAUUAGUGAUGCCAUCAAAAUCUUAUCAGAUUCCAACAUUCUGUCAGCUCCAGUGGUCGACCCUGCUUCCAGAGACAGCAAUGAUUGGAGAAAAAGAUACUUGGGUAUCGUUGAUUACUCUGCUAUAAUUCUUUGGGUGCUGCAGAAUGCAGAAAUUGCGGCAGCUGCUUUAUCUGCCACUUCGGCUGCUGCUGCUGGUGUUGGCACGGGUGCUGCUGGUGCUCUUGGUGCACUAGCGUUUGGGGCAGCAGGCCCUAUUGCAGCUGCUGGACUUGCUGCAGCUGCAGUUGGGGCAGCUGUAGCCGGGGGUGUGGCUGCAGAUAGAGUAGUGGGACAGGAUUUACCCAGGGCAGCAGAUAAGCUAGGCGAAGAUUUUUACAAGGCUUUGCUUCAUGAGGAGCCUUUUAAGUCCGCAACGGUGAGAUCAAUCCUAAAAUCCUAUCGAUGGGCACCUUUUAUUCCAGUUGCUGCAGAUAGUUCAAUGUUGAGUGUCAUGCUGCUGCUUUCAAAGUAUAGGCUGCGGAAUGUACCUGUGAUUGAGACAGGGAAAUCAUCCAUAAAAAACUUUAUAACUCAAUCUGCAGUUAUACAGGGUCUCCAGGGAUGCAAAGGGAGGGACUGGUUUGAUUGCAUCGCUGCACAUCCUAUAUCAGAGCUGGGACUUCCUUUCAUGUCUCCGGAUCAGGUUGUAAGUGUUCGAGACAAUGAACUGAUUCUGGAAGCAUUCAAGAAAAUGAAGGAAAAAGAAAUUGGAGGCCUACCGGUGCUCGAGGGAUCAACAAGGAAAAUUCUUGGCAACAUAAGCAUAAGAGAUAUUAGAAUUUUAUUGCUCAAGCCUGAACUCUUCAGGAUUUUCGGGGAGCUUACUGUGAAGGAUUUCAUCUGUACUAUUGCUUCAGCCACCAAUGAUCCUGGGAAGACUAUUACGCCAAUAACGUGCAAGCCCAACUCGACUCUUGGAAACGUGAUAGACACACUCGCUUCCAGGGCAGUUCAUAGGAUCUAUGUGGUUGUAGGGGAGGAGAAUGAAGUUCUCGGUGUAAUAACACUGAGAGAUGUAAUCUCCUGUUUCAUCAAUGAGCCGCCAAAUUUCUUUAAUCAAUACUUCGGCUUUGCUGCACAGGAAAUAUUGGGUCCGUGAUGUCUCAGAAAGUUUAGUUUCAAGAUUCUGCAUAUGAAGCCUGCAACCAACUGGGAUUUGCAGGAGUAACGAAGUAGUACUUUGCAUUCAGUUUUAGAAUUUAUGUCGCUGCUGUUUACUGGAUGGUUACAAGAAGAUUUCCAGUCUUUCUGUUAGAAGCAAAUUGUACGGUAGAGCUAAUGUUGGAUAGUAUUGCCAUAAGUAGAGACUUGGAGUUGAUGCGAGAGACGGAUAAGGUUGAUGUUCUUGGUUAAUCAGAACAAGAAGAAAAAGAACAUGUUAUAUAUACCAUGGUUUGCGCAUUA